GGGAAAUGGGGGUCCGGCCCAGGAUCCCCACAGAGGCCAGGCUGCCGGCAGGGUCGCGGGUCCCCGGGCGGCGGAGGGAGGAGGGGCGCAGCGCGCAGCCCCCUCCCUUCUCUUUGUACCCCCUCCCCUCCCUCCCCUCCCCUCGUUUCUCUUCCCACUCCGCGGCCCCCUCCUCCCUGCACUCACGUUAACUCUUUUCUAGAAGACAGCUUUACAAGGAUCUAGAAGGACCAAAUUCGGGGCUCCAGAACUCUCCAGCGACCAGCUUAGCAGAUCAUACAGUCUUCAGGAGCUGAAAAUUCCUAAGUCUGGUCUUCACCGUGAUUUGGAACUUUCCAGUCUCAGAAAAGUUGACCAAGGGACUGCACAGGACUGAGUCCAUAUGGAAGAAGAACUACCUGGUUUCUAUGGAGAAAGUGGCAAGAAGGAAAAAAAAUAAAGCAGACCUCUUAGAAAAUAAGAUUCCUUCAUAUGAGGAGCCAGUACAGGCUACCCUGUCAUCAUUGAAAAUGCUAGAUGUGGGGAAGUGGCCAAUCUUUUCCCUUUGUUCUGAGGAAGAACUUCAGUCGAUUCGUCAGGCUUGUGUCUUUGGCAGUGCUGGCAAUGAAGUUUUAUACACCACAGUCGAUGAUGAGAUUUUUGUACUUGGCACAAACUGCAGUGGCUGUCUGGGGAUAGGUGAUAUUCAGAGCACCAUUGAGCCUCGGAGACUGAAUUCUUUAACUGGCAAAAAGAUAGCCAGCCUCAGCUAUGGGAGUGGCCCACACAUCGUCCUUGCAACAACAGACGGAGAAGUCUUCACCUGGGGUCACAAUGCCUAUAGCCAGCUGGGCAACGGGACCACAAACCAUGGUUUGGUGCCUUGCCACAUCUCUACUAACUUGUCAAACAAACAAGUCAUUGAGGUUGCCUGUGGCUCUUACCAUUCUUUGGUCCUAACGUCUGAUGGAGAGGUAUUUGCCUGGGGUUAUAAUAACUCUGGGCAGGUAGGAUCUGGAUCAACCGCUAAUCAACCCAUUCCUCGAAGAGUCACUGGAUGUUUGCAGAAUAAAGUAGUUAUGAACAUAGCAUGUGGGCAAAUGUGUUCCAUGGCCGUUGUAGAUACAGGAGAGGUCUAUGUCUGGGGUUACAAUGGGAAUGGACAGCUGGGCCUGGGCAGCAGUGGCAAUCAGCCAACCCCCUGUAGAGUGGCGGCCCUGCAAGGCAUUCGUGUCCAGCGGGUUGCCUGUGGCUACGCACACACAUUGGUAUUAACAGAUGAAGGUCAAGUGUAUGCUUGGGGUGCAAAUUCUUAUGGCCAGUUGGGCACUGGUAAUAAAAGUAACCAGUCCUACCCUACCCCUGUCGUUGUGGAAAAGGACAGGAUCAUAGAGAUUGCGGCCUGUCACUCUGCCCACACAUCUGCUGCCAAGACCCAGGGCGGGCAUGUGUACAUGUGGGGCCAGUGCCGGGGCCAGUCGGUGGUCCUGCCCCACCUCACCCACUUCUGCUGCACCGAUGACGUGUUUGCCUGCUUUGCCACCCCUGCUGUCACCUGGCGCCUUCUCUCCGUGGAACCUGAUGACCACCUCACUGUGGCUGAGUCACUGAAGAGGGAAUUUGACAACCCUGACACUGCAGACCUCAAGUUUCUGGUUGAUGGAAAGUACAUUUAUGCUCACAAAGUCCUUCUCAAAAUUAGGUGUGAGCAUUUUCGUUCUUCAUUAGAAGACAGUGACGAUGAUAUUAUAGAAAUGAGUGAAUUUUCAUACCCUGUGUUCCGAGCUUUCCUGGAGUACCUAUACACGGAUAACAUCAGCCUAUCUCCUGAGGAGGCAGUAGGAUUGCUAGAUCUGGCCACAUUUUACAGUGAGACUCGGCUGAAGAAGCUCUGUCAGCAAACUAUCAAGCAAGGGAUCUGUGAGGAGAAUGCUAUUGCUCUGCUGUCUGCUGCUGUGAAAUACGAUGCUCAGGAUUUAGAAGAGUUCUGCUUCAGAUUUUGCAUAAACCAUCUGACUGUAGUAACCCAAACUUCAGGGUUUGCAGAAAUGGACCACGAUCUUCUGAAGAAUUUCAUCAGCAAAGCCAGCAGAGUUGGAGCCUUUAAGAACUGAUCCCUAACAUGCAAAGGAGUAUCUAAGCCUUUACACUUCACCCCUGCAAAAACAAAUAAAGCAUUUUUAAAAAGCCA